AUGUCUGCCCCUGCUGCUUUCUCCGAUAUCGCCAAGGCGACCAACGAUCUCCUGAACAAGGAUUUCUACCACUCCGCUGCCGCCAACCUUGAGGUUAAGUCCAAGGCCCCCAACGGUGUCACCUUCACCGUUAAGGGCAAGUCUGCCCAUGAGGGCCCCAUUGCUGGCCAGCUCGAGGCCAAAUACGUUGAUGCCCCCACUGGCCUCACCCUCACCCAGGCUUGGACCACUGCCAACGCUCUCGACACCAAGCUUGAGCUCGAUAACAACAUCGCCAAGGGCCUCAAGGCUGAGAUCCUGACCCAGUACCAGCCCGCUAAGCAGUCCAAGGGUGCUAAGCUCAACCUGUACUUCAAGCAGCCCAACCUGAACGCCCGUGCCUUCUUCGAUCUCCUGAACGGCCCCACCGCCAACUUCGACGCUGUCCUCGGCCACGAGGGUUUCCUCGUCGGUGCUGAGGGUGGUUACGACGUCAACAAGGCCGCCAUCACCAAGUACUCCGCUGCCGUCGGCUACAGCGUUGCCCAGUACUCCGCUGCCAUCACCGCCAGCAACAACCUGUCCCUCUUCGCCGCCAGCUACUACCACCGCGUUAACGCUCAGGUCGAGGCCGGUGCUAAGGCUUCUUGGGACUCCACCUCCGGCAACGCCGUCGGCCUCGAGGUCGCCAGCAAGUACCGCCUGGACCCCUCUUCUUUCGCCAAGGCCAAGAUCAACGACCGUGGUAUUGCCGCUCUGGCUUACAACGUCCUGCUCCGCCCUGGUGUUACCCUCGGCCUCGGUGCCUCCUUCGAUACCCAGAACCUGAACCAGGCUGCCCACAAGGUCGGCGCCAGCUUCACCUUCGAGGCUUAA